AUGGCAUCCAACGCAGUUGAAAACGGCAAAAAGCUCGCUGCCUACAAGGCUGUUGAUGAAUACAUUUCCGCCAACCACAAGGUCGUCGGUAUUGGAUCCGGCUCCACUGUGGUCUAUGCUGUUGAACGUAUCUUGCAGCGUCCUGAACUCAAAAACAUCGUCUAUGUCCCUACCAGUUUCCAAAGCAAAAACUUGAUCAUUGAUGGUGGCCUUACUUUGGGCUCUACCGAGCAAUUCUCUGAAAUUGACGUGACCAUUGACGGUGCUGACGAAGUCGAUGAGCAAUUGAAUGCUAUCAAGGGAGGUGGUGCUUGUCAAUUCCAAGAAAAGGUUGUUGCUGAACUCGCCAAAAAGUUUGUCAUUAUUGCCGACUACCGCAAAAAGUCCACCAAGCUUGGUACUCAGUGGACCAAAGGUGUGCCCAUCGAAGUGGUUCCUAUGGCUUACAAGGGUGUCAUGAAAGCCAUUGAAUCCAAGUUGUCAUGGAAACCUGAAAAGGUGACUUUGCGUAUGGCCGUCAACAAGGCUGGUCCAGUGGUGACGGAUAAUGGCAACUUUGUGGUGGAUGCUCACUUUGGUGGCAUUGAUGAUCCCAAAGCACUCCUUAAGGAACUCAAACUUUUGACCGGCGUUUAUGAAGUCGGCUUGUUUUGCAACAUGGCAGAAAUUGCCUACUUUGGUGAAGAAGAUGGAAGUGUAAGCACGCUCAAAAAGUAA